GGAGAGACUUGAGAAUCCAGAAACUAGAUUGAGUAAAAGGAAAUUGUGCCCAGAAACUGCAGUUGAAUUUAAAAUAAAUCCCAAAUUGUGUUCACAUUGUGGUUACCUUCAAUAGUAAAAACCUGAUAUUAAAUAUUUAGUCAUUAAAUGUUUUCACAGGCUUAAGACAUUCAUUACAAACAUGCAAAGAUGCAUUGCUAUGGAGAAGGACAUGUAAGUUUCCAGAUAACUGAUUGCAUGUGAAUUAAGGAUAAACCAUUUUAUAAGUUGCAUGGUAAUUUAAGCUACUAUGAACAAUAAAGUUAUGUCUAGGGAGUAACAUGUUGUCUUCCUGUGGCCCUUUUAAUUCUUUAGAGCUAUUCAAAGUAAAUUGAAAGGCAUAUCCACUAAAACAAGUAACCUCUCUUAUGAAAUAACGUCAGAGAGCUCGAGUGAAAUCACCACUAUAAGCACUUUCACAUAUGACACCAUAUCAACAAUGUAUGAUGGAACAACCAGUGAAACCACUGGUGAUUGUCAGUGGAAAUCAGAUCCAAGCAAAUUCAUCGAAGCAAGUAUAUCAGAGGGACUCACCGGACCCGAUGAGAAUGAAGCUGGUAGCCAAGACAAGGCAGAUGAGGGGAAGAUGAAGAAACUCUUGCGAUUAAUUAUGUCAUCUUACGCAUUUGGACUAUUUGGAGCUCUGCUUAUCUUAUUGGAUGUGGCUCUCGUACUUACAGACCUAAUGUUUAAGAAUCAAGUUUCCAUCCCUAUGGAAUGUCGCUUUGUUUCUAUGGGCAUUGCUGUAUUUUUUUUUGUCGACUUAUUAGCUCGAACAUUCGUAGAAGGAAAACAGCGUUAUUUUACUGACCUCUUUAAAAUCUUGGAUGGUUUCAUUAUAGUCACGAUUCUCGUAAUUGACAUCUUUUACAUUGCUCAGGACACCAAAUCCAUCAGAUACAUCCCCAGGUGGCCAGUUCUAUUACGACCACUGUGGAUUGUAGUUAUGAUACGAGCAUUUUAUCAAACUUGGAAAAAGAAACGUGAAGAGAAGGUGGUCAAAAGGACAAUAUCAGGAAACAAAACUCAACAUACAAAAGAAGAAUUCGACCUCGAUCUGACUUAUAUUACUGAUCAUAUUAUUGCCAUGUCGUACCCAGCCGCAGGAAAGCAUUCUUUAUACAGGAAUAAAAUGACGGAAGUUGUGCGGUUCCUGGACAUGAAGCAUCCAAAUCACUAUCAAGUCUACAAUCUGUGUAGUGAACGAGGUUAUAACCCUAAACACUUCCAUCAUAGGGUUUGUAGACUCAUGAUCGACGACCAUAAUGUCCCCACUCUGCGUGAGAUGUUGGUGUUCUCCCAGGAAGUUGAGAAGUGGUUGGCCCAAGAUGAAGAAAAUGUUAUCGUGCUCCAUAGUAAAAAAGGCAAAGGAAGAACUGGAAUUAUGGCUUGUGCCUACCUCAUUGCAAGAGGAAUAUGUGUAAAUGAAGAGGACAGCCUUCGUUUUUUUCAAGAACGACGAACAAGUGCAUCAAACACCAGUAAAUCUGGGAGCUUCGAAACCCCUUCACAGCGUAGAUACAUUGCAUAUUUUGCACAACUGAAAAAUAUUUACCAACUUAAUCUGCCACCACAAAAAACGCUACGUAUUAAAAAAAUCAUCAUUUAUUCCAUUCAUGGUGUUGGACAAGGCAAUGGCAAUGAUUUAAAAUUGCAAAUACUAAUGCAGAGGAAGAUCGUCUUAGCAUCAAAAAACUAUAAGAUACUUUAUGACAUGGAAUCCAACAGAGUAGUAAUACAUUUAUUCCACUGUCCACCUCUCUCUGAUGAUGUUAAAGUUCAGUUUUUCUCCUCUUCUAAUCUUCCUAAAUGCUACGACAAUUGUGCAUUCUUCUUUUGGUUCCACACAUCUUUCAUAAAAAAGAACAGGCUUUAUCUACCAAGAGAGCAACUGGAUAACCCACACAAACCAAGAACAUGGAGUGUUUACCAGCCGAACUUUGCGGUUGAAGUAUAUUUUGAGGACGUCUGA